CCGCCGCCGCCGCCGCGAUGCAGGGGAUCCAGCUGCUUCACGCUCCCCGCCCCUUUCCGACGGUGCCAGAUGGCAUGAAACACGUCAGAAUUGCUUUGAGAUCUCUUAAUUUGAUCUCUUCAACCUGUAUCCAAAACCCUAAAUAUCGGCGGCGAUAUCAUAAGAGAGCUUCGUUAUCAGCAAGAAACUCAUCAGCUCCUACACAACCUCUAGCUGAUGAAGUAGUGGAAGAAGGAAAAGCUAAGGACGAUUCCAUAAGCGGAGACGCUAUACGCAGCCGUUUCUUGAAUUUUUACGCCUCACGAGGGCACAAGAUACUCCCCAGUGCGUCGCUCGUGCCUGAUGACCCGACGGUUUUGCUUACGAUUGCUGGGAUGCUUCAGUUUAAGCCCAUUUUUCUGGGGAAGGAACCUAGACAAGUACCGCGUGCUACCACUUCUCAACGGUGCAUAAGGACAAAUGAUAUUGAGAAUGUGGGAAGGACAGCCCGACAUCAAACCUUCUUUGAGAUGCUUGGGAACUUCAGUUUUGGUGAUUACUUCAAGAAGGAAGCGAUUAAGUGGGCAUGGGAGCUUACUACUAAGGAGUUCAGCUUACCUCCAGAGAGAUUAUGGGUCAGCAUUUUUGAAGACGACGAUGAAGCUUUCUCUAUAUGGCACGACGAGGUGGGUGUUCCUAAGGAACGCAUUAAGAGAAUGGGCAAGGAGGACAAUUUCUGGACAAGUGGGGUUACUGGUCCCUGUGGCCCUUGCUCUGAGAUCUAUUAUGAUUUCCAUCCUGAAAAGGAUCACUUAGAUGCUGAUUUGGGGGAUGAUAAUAGGUUUAUUGAGUUCUAUAAUCUGGUAUUUAUGCAAUAUAACAAGAAGGAUGAUGGAUCUCUUGAACCCUUAAAGCAGAAGAAUAUAGAUACAGGCAUGGGACUUGAGCGUAUGGCACGGAUUCUUCAAAAGGUUCCCAACAAUUAUGAGACUGACUUGAUUUUUCCCAUCAUUGAGAAGGCAUCAGAGCUAGCAAGAAUCUCAUAUGCCAGUGCAGAUGAUGUGACCAAGACCAAUCUUAAAGUUAUUGGAGAUCAUAUGCGUGCAGUCGUUUAUCUCAUAUCAGAUGGGGUAGUGCCAUCAAAUAUUGGGAGAGGUUAUGUAGUUCGAAGACUUAUACGUAGAGUUGUUCGAAUCGGGAGGUUACUAGGUAUUGAAGGGGAUGUACAUGGGAACCAUGAAGGAGCUUUUCUACCCGUACUUGCGAAGACAGUGAUUAAUCUCAGUUCCCAUGUAGACUCAGAUUUAAAAGGUAGGACAUCCCAUAUCCUUGACGAGCUGAAAAGAGAGGAGUUACGAUUUGUGCAGACUUUGGAGAGAGGAGAAAAUCUACUUGACCAGUUUUUGUCCAAUGCCUUAUUAACCAGCGGCAAAAAUGGAGAUAGCCCAUGUCUUUCCGGUAAAGAUGCAUUUCUGCUGUAUGAUACUUAUGGUUUCCCAGUGGAGAUAACAACUGAAGUUGCUGAAGAACGAGGGGUAUCUGUGGAUAUGGAGGGGUUUGAUGUUGAAAUGGAAAGCCAGAGGCGUCGGUCUCAGGCGGCUCACAAUGUAGUUAAACUUUCUGUUGAGAGUGACAAUGAGUUUGCAGAGAGUAUUUCUGAUACUGAAUUUUUAGGUUAUGACUCUCUUUCUGCUAAUGCUGUUAUUAAGGGCUUAUUAGUUAAUGGUGACCCAGUAACACAGGUCACUCAAGGAAAGGAUGUAGAGAUCUUGUUGGAUAGAACACCAUUUUAUGCUGAAUCAGGCGGUCAGAUUGGAGACAACGGUUUUCUAUUUGCCACGGGAGCUGAAGAUAGUGCACAGAAAGCUAUUGUGGAGAUCAAAGAUGUCAAGAAGUCCCUUGGAAAUGUUUUUGUUCACAAAGGUACAAUCAGAGAGGGGGUUAUAGAGAUUGGCUCUGAAGUGGAUGCUGCAGUUGAUUCAAAGUUAAGGCAAAGAGCAAAAGUUCACCAUACCGCGACACAUCUUCUACAAGCUGCUCUUAAAAGUGUUAUUGGUCAAGACACUUCACAAGCCGGAUCCUUGGUGGCUUUCGACCGUCUACGCUUUGAUUUUAACUUCCAUCGCCCCCUAUCAGAUCAGGAGAUUGUGGAAAUUGAGGUAUUAAUUAACCAGUGGAUUGGUGAUGCAACAAAUCUUCAAACAAAAGUUAUGGCCUUGGCAGAUGCCAAGAAAUCAGGCGCCAUUGCAAUGUUUGGUGAGAAGUAUGGAGAACAGGUAUAUCAUUUCUUCAGAGCUCUUGCUAUUCACUUCAUCAAAAAACAGUCAAUGUUAAUAAGUCUUGCUUCUGGUGAUGGAAAAGUGAGCUUGGUUGCUGCAUUUAGCCCUGAAGUUAUUAAAAUGGGACUUCAAGCAGGGAAAUUUAUAGGAGGUAUAGCAAAAAUUUGUGGUGGUGGAGGUGGUGUCAGGCCGAACUUUGCUCAGGCCGGUGGCAGGAAACCAGAAAAGCUGUUGGAUGCGCUAGAAAAGGCGAGGAGCGAACUCGUUGAAGCACAAAAGACAUACUUGGUAGAAACCCAAUACCAACCGUACCAACCGAGUACCAACCGUACCAAGCGCAACAAAAUGGCAACAUUGAAGGCAUCAGCUAUGGCAAGCAAAGCCUUCCAAAUUGGAAACUCUAAUGUUAGUGCGAUAGUUGAGAGUAUGGAUGACACCGAUGCUGAUGCACUAAAGAGUGCUGCAGAGUAUCUUGUGGACUCACUCCCAGAUCCUGUAGCUGUUGUUUUGGGUUCAUGCCCUGGUGAUGGAAAAGUGAGCUUGGUUGCUGCAUUUAGCCCUGAAGUUAUUAAAAUGGGACUUCAAGCAGGGAAAUUUAUAGGAGGUAUAGCAAAAAUUUGUGGUGGUGGAGGUGGUGGCAGGCCGAACUUUGCUCAGGCUGGCGGCAGGAAACCAGAAAAGCUGUUGGAUGCGCUAGAAAAGGCGAGGAGCGAACUCGUUGAAGCAGUGAAUCGAAAGACUGCAACAUGAAAAUAUAAUUGUAAGAAACUUGGUAUAAGCUCAUAUAUGUAUGAAAGAUCUUAGAGGUUCUACAGACUGACUCAGUUUUUGUAGGUGUGUGUAUACUUGUAUGACCACAUGAAAAAUUCAGAGUAGUUCAUAUCUAGUUUUUCCUUUUUUAA